GGACACUUGGCGGCAGCAACGGGCGGGACGUCACUCUGACCUCACAAACAUGGCGGCGCCCAUUAGCAAACAUUGUAUUUCCGUUUCUCGAAAAGUGGGAAGUUUUCUGUUUAAUUCAGUGUUUAUUGCCCAGGCGGCGCACUGUUCUAACAACAUGGACUCUCAGAGGCCCAGUAAGCUGGAGUUUGCGGUGCAGAUGACAUGUGAAAGCUGCGGGGAGAAAGUCAGAGCAGCUCUGGAGGGCAAACCAGGCGUGAACUCGGUCAGUAUCGAUGUCGGUAAGGAGCAGGUGCUGGUGGAAUCUGCUCUGACCAGUGCAGAAGUGCAGGCCCUGAUAGAGAGCACAGGACGGAGGGCCGUGCUGAAGGGCAUCGGAGGAUCAGAGCAAGAUCUGGGUGCAGCGGUGGCCAUGUUAGCCGGUGCCGGAUCGAUUCAGGGGGUGGUGCGUUUCCUGCAGCUGUCUGAGGAACGCUGCCUGAUUGACGGGACCAUUGACGGGUUGGAGCCCGGACCCCACGGCCUCCACGUUCACACGCUGGGGGACCUCACACUGGACUGCCUCAGUUGUGGAGAGCACUAUAACCCCUUUGGGAGACAACACGGCAGUCCAGAGGACUCCGACAGGCAUGUCGGCGAUCUGGGAAAUAUCAUCGCUGGACCAGACGGGAGAGCCUCAUUUAGACUGGAGGACGGUCAGCUUAAGGUGUGGGAUGUGAUUGGUCGAUCACUGGUUGUGGAUGCAGGGGAGGACGACCUGGGUCGAGGAGGUCACCCUCUCUCCAAACAGACUGGGAACUCUGGAGAAAGGCCCACUUGUCAACAAAUCAGCAUUCAGACUCCACCCACCCCCACAAACCACUCCUCUAUGACUGCAACAUCUCUCCAAACCUGUGUGAGAGAGAGAAACCCCACAAAGCAGCUGGACUACACCACCUGUCUCCAUCCACACCUGUCUCCAGAGUCACCUUCAGCACCUCAGUGGAGACUUGUCAUGUGCCAGCCUGCUUCAAAGCCUCCACCAUUACUCCUGUGCUGAGUCCAUCCUCACCUCCAUGAUUACCAUCUGGUGCUCAAGGACAGAGGCUGAUGGCAGCGUGGCAUCUGUUCCACCGAGAGGGCGAUUCGGUGCAAACAGCCUUCUCUUCAAGACCCUGCAUGCCUCCGGGACCCGAGGCAGGCAACAAAGAUGGCUCCUGUCCCUCCCGCAUUGGUCAUAGAGUUUUUGAGUCGUACCAUGUGCCUAAAAUAAUAUUUGCAUAUCCAAAUGACAUGUGUAUAUAAGAGCUGUUAUUUCUGUUAUUAGUAACGAGAGGAGGAGAAACAGAUUUGUCAGACUGCUGUAAAUUUCCUGGCCACCUGUAGACUGUCUGCUAGUUUUAUUAAAGCCCUCUAAUAUUAAACGCUCUACUCUGCAGCACUCGAAGCUUUAUACAACGUGCCUCCAUCACUCAUUCACACCCAUACAAGCACUUUUUUUUUCGCCUAAGUGCUUUCUAACAUUCACACUUCAGUGAAUGCAUCGGAGAGCAACUUAGGGGGGUCAGCAUCUUCAGUAUUUUGCCCAAGGAUACUUUGGCAUGUAAAGAGGAGCAGCCAGGGAUCAAACCACCAACCUUCUAAUUAGCCGACGGCUGCUGUAGCUUCUGAACUACUCUUAAUAGCUGGGUAACUCCUGCAGUCUGUCAGUGUUACAGAGGUCAUCCGCACCUUUGUUCAAGACCAGGAAAUGUUUGUUUUCACUGACUGACUAGUGUUUGAUUACUGCCAUCGCCCAGUUCUGUGCCAGUAAUCCUUUCACCUAGAUAUCAGUCAUGGCCACAGCACUAACUCAGUGUUUUUGUGAUUAAUUAACUCAAAACUUAAAUAAUGAAAAGUGCAAUGUGAUGUAACACUGGUAUCAAAAUUAUUAUUUCAGGCACUCUAAGUUGGUCAACUAUAG